AGGGUUGACAAGGGGGAAAUACCAGCAGGGCUAUCGACUUAUUAAUCGCUGGAGUGCCGCCACUAAAUAAACGCGUAGGAAAUAUUUUAAUAGUUUAUUGCAGAAAAUAUGUCCGCAUCCGUGGAAUUAAGCUCAUACCGCGACCAGCACUUUAAGGGCUCGCGCUCGGAGCAAGAGCGAUCGCUUCGCGACUCGUGUACUCUUUACGUGGGAAACCUAAGCUUCUACACCACCGAGGAGCAGAUCCACGAGCUGUUCUCCCGUUGCGGCGAUGUCCGGGUGAUCGUGAUGGGUCUGGAUAAGUACAAGAAGACGCCCUGCGGCUUCUGCUUUGUGGAGUACUACAUCAGAUCGGAGGCGGAGGCGGCCAUGAGAUUUGUGAAUGGCACCCGCUUGGAUGAUCGACUGAUUCGCGUGGACUGGGACGCUGGCUUUAUCGAGGGCAGGCAAUAUGGUCGCGGCAAAACCGGCGGCCAGGUGCGAGAUGAAUAUCGCACGGACUACGAUGCCGGCCGGGGAGGAUACGGCAAACUGUUGUCGCAGAAGAUCGCGCCCAACACGGACAACCGCUAGUUAUCAGAUAAGAUGUAAAGACUAUAAGCCACCACAAUUAGAUAUUAAAGCAAAUAUUUAGACGUAUCAUCUCUAAUCGCA